AUGGCGCAAUCUCCGGCUGCUCAGGAUGCAUCUCGUCUGUCGCCUUUCCAGGUUGAGGUGACCGAGUAUGCUUGUCCGGACUCUGUUCUCGAAGCACCGGAAGAAACCCACGAACGACUACGAACCUCAACGCCAUCCUAUCUCACUGAGAUGGACGAGUCGAUGCUGGAAGAUCCGUCGGAUACUGCCACGGUAUCACAGUCAGUCUCGACCGAGAGUCAUUUCAUCAGUUCUACAGCCCCGCGUGUCAGCUAUGAGGUCACCGCGUCUGGCGAACUCAUGAUAACGGAAGGAAUCCAAACUUCCAACCCAACGACGCCUGCGCGUGGGCCCCGGCCUGGUCCUCCACCUGCACUUGUGUCCUUUGAUAGGAUUGCCCAGGGAUUACCGCCAAAGCCGGCAUCUUCAUCUACCACAGCAACAACUCACCCUCCAUCCCUGUCAGUGGAGCGCCUCAUCGGCCCAAAGCAGCCGAUCCCCGCGCGAAUCCUCGAUCUUCUCGAGCAAUGGCAUGAGGCUGAACCCAACACCGAGCAUCCCGCUGCUCUGACUGGCCGUGCUCCAUCAACAUGGAAGAACUUCAGGGCUUUCAGUGAUGAUGCCGACGAGUGCGAGCUAUCGGUCUUCCAGAUAUUGCUCAAAUGUCAAAACCGGCGCAUCCUCUCGUAUCGCAUUAUGAUACUUCAUUCCCAGAAUGGACCAGAGGAGCUCGUCGUCUUCGGCCAACCCCGGCCGAAGUUCAAGGGACCCUGGAAUAAGGGUGUCAAGGGGCUGUACCUACUGGACUGGUCGGAAAUCGAGAAGAAAGGAGAGGUUCGGGCGUGCGGUAUCAAACUGUGGAGAACCGAUGACAAGAAUAUUGCGUUCAGUGCCUACAUGUUUGACGAUGGACGAAAGUGCACCCGCUUCCUCGAUCACAAUGCUGGAAAUAAGCAAGCCUCAUCUUCUACUCCCAAGAAACAGUCUGACGGAAAUGAGCAUGUUGAGGACACCCAGUCCAUCUCAUCCGAGCCACCGUUUUCCCCCUCGAGAUCUGGACACCAAAUUCCCAGCAGUCUUUCCAGAGCUGAGAAUGAAACUGAAGACAGAACCCCACGUGCCUCACGGUGGGAUCACCCUUCCCCCAUGUGGGCUAAGUCCAUCUCACCCGUCCCCACUCCCAAUAAUUACGAUGGAUUCCGUUCUCUUGCGAGCCCUUGGAAGCCUCAAAAGAGGCGCCGUAGCUCAUGGAGCUCCAAUGACCAAGACUCCGAUCCUAUUCGCUUCAAGUUGAUGUCGGACGUGUCUGAUCAAGUCCGCGUUUUCAAGACACUUGACGCGAAGGUGUUGUUUGAAAAGGCCUGGGAUUUCUACAAGGGCGUGGAUAACCGCACUGGACUGUUGUGUACCAUUGCUGGUCUCGACGGAGUCCGAUACGUGGGAGAUGGGUGUGUGGAUGAAUUUGAUAUCCUUCAGGAGGAUAUUAUGAAGUCUUCUUGUGGCGAUGAAGAUCGCGUGGUUGAGGUGAAGCCCGCAAUGGGCUUCUAG